ACAGAGAACCCACGUCCAUGCUCUGACUCGACUUAGUGUGCCCUCUGCGUUCACAGAGAGAUUCUUCAGCAGUGAGUGUUCAGCUGAGCUGGAGAACGGUAUUUGGUGAAGGCAGUCUGCCUCUCGGAAAAGCGCGGCUCAAACUUUCAACGCUGCGAUCUUGACUUCCACAGAGCUUUCUCUUUCUGAAACUUUGUUUUACUGAAGCGGGAUACAUUUUAAUGAACAACUCUGCUAAAUAUAUUUACUGUCAUGGAGCGACGUGGGUUUUCCUUACUUUGCUGGGGCACGAUACCUUUCCUGUUUAUAUCCGUUCUGGAACCGAGCGGAGUCGACGGGAUGUUCCAGCCGUCCUUCAGUCUCAACAAGUUGUGUAAGUUCUGUGACGUGGAGUCUUCAUCCUGCAACGGAACAGGAAGCUGCCUCUCGAACUGCUCCAUCACCUCCAUCUGUCGUCUGGAGCAGGAAGUCUGCAUCGCCAUCUGGAGGAAGAAUGACAGUAACUACAGCAUCGAGACUCUGUGUCAUGACCCCUCCAAGCCUCUGUACGGCGUCGAGCUGGAUGACUACAACAGCUCUACGUGUUCCAUGAAAGAGAAGAAGAGCUCUGGAGGACCGUUGUUCAUCUGCUCCUGUACUGAGGAGGAGUGUAACGAUAACCUGGCCUUCGCUCCGGGUGAGUACCUUCUCACACCUACUCCUGAUUCAUUAGACCAGGAGCCCCCGGUGGUAUCGAUCAUCCUGAUCAGCCUGUUGCCCUUACUGGUCCUAGUGGUAGUAGUCAUCACUAUGUUCUAUUGGUACCGGGUCCAACGCCAUCGCAAACUCAGCCAGGAACAGUGGGACAGCAAGAAGUCCAAACGCAAGGGCAAAGGUCUGGACUGCAGCAUCAUGAUGGACGACGAUGGAUCAGACAGCAGCUCAACGCACGCCAACAACCUCAACCACAACACUGAACCCCUACCCAUCGAGCUGGACCUGCAGGUGGGUAAGGGGCGCUUCGCUGAGGUUUUCAAGGCCAAGCUGAGGCAGCCCGGCUCCUCGUCGGACCAGUAUGAGACGGUGGCCGUGAAGAUCUUCCCUGAGGAAGAGUACGCAUCGUGGAAGAACGAGAAGGACAUCUUCUCCGACAUCGACCUUCGCCACGACAACGUCCUCCACUUCCUCACAGCAGAGGAGAGAAAGAUGUCGAAGCAGUACUGGCUGAUCACAGCCUUCCACCCCCGAGGAAACCUUCAGGAGUACCUGACCCGUAACCUGGUCUCCUGGGAGGAUCUACGGGGUCUGGGCGGGUCCCUGGCCUGCGGGGUGGCACACCUUCACAGUGACCACACGGCCUGCGGGCGGCCCAAAGUGCCCAUCGUACACCGCGACCUGAAGAGCUCUAACAUCCUGGUGAAGCAGGAUCUGACCUGUUGUCUGUGUGACUUUGGACUGGGGCUCAGACUGGAUAACACCAUGACAGUGGAUGAUCUAGCAAACAGCGGACAGGUGGGCACAGCCAGGUACAUGGCUCCUGAAGUGUUGGAGUCCAGGCUGAACCUGGAGAACAUUGAGUCAUUCAAGCAGACAGAUGUCUAUUCUAUGGCUCUGGUGUUGUGGGAGAUCACCUCCCGCUGUCAUGCCAUCGGAGAGGUGAAGGACUAUGAACCUCCAUAUGGCUGUAAAGUUCAGAUGCAUCCUGGUGUGGAGAGCAUGAAGGAUCACCUCCUCAGAGAUAGAGGAAGACCUGAGAUCCCAGACAGCUGGAUCAACCACCAGGGCAUAGCCAUAGUGUGCGGCUCCAUAGAGGAGUGUUGGGACCACGACCCGGAGGCCAGGCUCACAGCCCAGUGCGUGGCCGAACGCUUCAGCGAGAUAGAAGACGAGAUGGAGAAACUGUCCAGCCGCAGCAGCUCCGACGAGAAGAUACCAGCGGAGGAACAGAAGAUACCGACAAUACCCGAAGAAGAACGACAGACGAUAGCAGAACAGAUAGAAGAGGUCAAAGUAGCAGUGGAGAGCUCUGUGAGUGAUGAGAAGUGAGGGAAGGGAGAGAGGACAUGGAACCCAGGACUAGAAUGUCAGUAUGUCACAAACACACCACUCACGUUGUUAUGGGAACUAAACAGCCACACCCAAACAAACAGCCCACACCUGGAAGAUAGCCAGGACAGUGAAUGUACUGUAUUACUGUACUGUACUGCUUAUACUCUUCAGUAUUGUAUUACCAGAAUGCAUACAGUAUUUCUACUGUAUAAAAUAAGUAUGUACAGUUUACAGUAUUUGGAUGUACUGUACUGUAUUAUAUUGGAGGUUUACCCACCGAAGAGAAGAGGACAGGACAUGACAAUGGAAGAGAUUAUAACCAAAGACUGAGAUUACAGGACAUGACAUUGGCAGAGAUUAUAACCAAAGACUGAGAUUACAGGACAUGACAUUGGCAGAGAUUAUAACCAAAGACUGAGAUUACAGGACAUGACAAUGGCAGAGAUUAUAACAAAAGACUGAGAUUACAAGACAUGACAAUGGCAGAGAUUAUAACCAAAGACUGAGAUUACAGGACAUGACAAUGGAAGAGAUUAUAACCAAAGACUGAGAUUACAGGACAUGACAAUGGCAGAGAUUAUAACCAAAGACUGAGAUUACAGGACAUGACAAUGGAAGAUAUUAUAACCAAAGACUGAGAUUACAGGACAUGACAAUGGCAGAGAUUAUAACAAAAGACUGAGAUUACAGGACAUGACAAUGGCAGAGAUUAUAACAAAAGACUGAGAUUACAGGACAUGACAAUGGCAGAGAUUAUAACAAAAGACUGAGAUUACAAGACAUGACAAUGGAAGAGAUUAUAACCAAAGACUGAGAUUACAGGACAUGACAAUGGAAGAGAUUAUAACCAAAGACUGAGAUUACAGGACAUGACAAUGGAAGAGAUUAUAACCAAAGACUGAGAUUACAGGACACGACAAUGGAAGAGAUUAUAACCAAAGACGGAGAUUACAGGACAUGACAAUGGCAGAGAUUAUAACCAAAGACUGAGAUUACAGGACAUGACAUUGGAAGAGUUUAUAACCAAAGACUGAGAUUACAGGACAUGACAUUGGAAGAGUUUAUAACCAAAGACUGAGAUUACAGGACAUGACAAUGGCAGAGAUUAUAACCAAAGACUGAGAUUACAGGACAUGACAUUGGAAGAGUUUAUAACCAAAGACCAGACCAUUCUAACAUGUGGGGGGAGUGGGGUAAUGUAUUCUAGAAUGUUGAGGGAGUUGGGUAAUGUUCCUGUAUUCUAACAUGUUAUGGGAGUGGGGUAAUGUUCCUGUAUUCUAACAUGUUGGGGGUGUGGGGUAAUGUAUUCUAACAUGUUGGGGGAGUGGGGUAAUGUAUUCUAACAUGUUGGGGGAGUGGGGUAAUGUUCCUGUAUUCUAACAUGUGGUGUAAUGAAUUGACAGGUCUGUGUAAUAAUGUAAUAAUGAGCCAUAUUGUAACAGAAAUGAUGAUGACGUGGAGCUCUAUUCCCACAAGGAUUGUAUGUACAGUGUGUGUGUGUGUGUGUGUGUGUGUGUGUGUGUGUGUGUGUGUGUGUGUGUGUGUGUGUGUGUGUGUGUGUGUGUGUGUGUGUGUGUGUGUGUGUGUGUCUGCAUUCGUGCGUGUGUUUUUUUUUUUUACAUAGUAAUAGUUUUUACUUGUUAGCCAAAUAAACAAGCACAUUGUAAAUAUAUAUGGAAUGUAGCUGUACAGAAAAGAAUCUCCCCUCUAGAUGUUGUUGUGGAAGCAGAGGAGCAUUUCACACACUCUGUCUGAAUAACACAUUUAACAGGAUCUAGACAAAGAUAUUUUAUCCUUUUAUAUUUGUAAGAUAUUGUACAUCUGUUUCAUGAAUAAAGUAUUUCUGUAUUUACUCAUAAA